GUUAAGACUUAAUAACUUCACGCCUCUUACUUGCUGCCUGCCUUCUAUAUAUAUAUAUAUUAAACAAGCCAGGCAGCUUUCAAAGCCAUCUAAAACUUCCAGUCAGCAAAUAUAGGCAGCUGAGUUCAACCCUACGUUAACUUAUCUCCUACUAUUCUUUUUCCUUUUGUGUUGCCUCUCUGAACUCUCUGGAGCUCUCUCUCUCUGAAUCAUGGGAUCCAAGGAGGCCAUGGAACGUGAUUCCUCAUCCUUGACAGUCCCUCUUAUUGUUGAUGAUGAGAAUCAACAUGCGGUUGGGCGCAAGCUUGAGGAGAUAGAAUCAAACCAUGAUAGUCAUAGAACAGGCUCUACUUCUUUCUUCAAGACUUGUUUCCAUGGACUCAAUGCUUUGUCAGGAGUUGGGAUACUUUCAACCCCAUAUGCGCUGGCCUCAGGAGGGUGGUGGAGCUUGGCCCUCUUGUUCCUUAUUGCCUCUGCAGCUUUUUACUCAGGUUUGUUGAUUCAAAGAUGCAUGGAUGCGGAUUCAAAUAUCAGAACUUAUCCUGAUAUAGGUGAACGAGCAUUUGGCAAGAAAGGGAGACUAGUGGUGUCAAUUUUCAUGAACGUUGAGCUCUACUUGGUGGCAACAGGUUUCCUGAUCCUGGAAGGAGAUAACUUAAUAAACUUGUUCCCAAACAUGAAGCUUGAAGUUGGAGGGUUGAUUAUUGGUGGAAAACAAAGCUUUGUGAUGCUUGUUGCCCUGAUUAUUCUGCCUACAGUUUGGCUGGAUAAUUUGAGCUUGCUUUCAUAUAUUUCUGCUAGUGGGGUUUUAGCUUCUGCAGUGACUCUUGGAUCAAUCUUCUGGACUGGUGCUUUUGACGGAGUUGGAUUCAAACAUAAAGGAACCCCUCUUAAUUGGAGUGGUAUCCCUACUGCUGUCAGCUUGUAUGCCUUCUGUUAUUGUGCUCAUCCAGUCUUUCCAACUCUUUACACUUCAAUAAGGAACAAGCGCCAGUUCUCAAAUGUUUUGCUUGUGUGCUUUUUCCUGUGUACAUUCAUCUAUGCAUCAAUGGCGAUUUUCGGGUACUUAAUGUUCGGCUCCGGGGUUCAAUCACAAAUAACAUUAAACCUUCCAACCAACACACUCAGCUCAAGAGUGGCGAUUUGCACAACCCUUGUCAAUCCCAUUUCCAAGUAUGCAUUGAUGGUUACACCAAUUGUGAAUGCUACCAAGAGCUGCUUUCCAAGCCACUACAGCAAGAAGCCUUAUAGCCUAAUUAUCAGCACCACUUUGGUGGUGAGCACUGUAAUUGUUGCCCUGGUCGUCCCUCUGUUUGGAUAUCUGAUGUCCCUGGUUGGAGCAUUUUUGAGUGUCUCAGCUUCAGUUAUUCUUCCAUGCUUAUGUUACCUGAAGAUCUCAGGACUUUAUAGGAGGUUUGGAUGUGAAAUGGUGGCCAUUGUGAGUAUUAUAUUAAUUGGUGUUGCAGUUGCCAUUAUUGGCACUUACACAUCUCUUGUACAAAUAAUUGGCCAUUUGCAGUUAUGAAUGUUAAACUUCUAUAUAUUAAUGGAAUUUUCUCAGUUCCUGUAAUUUUCCAGUCACUUGUAAA